CAUCUAAUAGGACUUAAAAAAUAAAUUUAAUGUUUUAGAUAAAAAUGAAUCCCUGUGAGGAGGCAAUAUUGUCCAGUAUAAAAAGUACUGAGCUGAAGUUCUAUACGAACAAUAGAUUAGCGGAUACUAGAAGUUUAUCUCUUGCAUCGUCAUCACCCUGUCGAGACAAUACCCUGGAAACAAAACUGAUUGUAGAGCAGCAAUCUUGUCUCAGAUUAAAUGUUAACAAAUCAAAAUCUUUUGAGAAUUCUAGCGAUCCUCCAUGGAAGAAGAAGAGAACCUUGUCAGAUGUAGAAUAUUCUGCAGGCUUGACAGAACCACCGGUUCCAGAUAAGCAGUUGGAGCAGCUGGAGGAGCUGGAGCAACUGGAGCAGGAACAAGAUUUCAAUUGGAAUCAAGAACGAGGACAGCAGGAUGAGAUGGGUAAGGAGGAUCAAGAGCAAAAUGAGAACAUCGAACCGGUUGAAAGUAUUGAGCCUGGAGUAGAAACUGUAAAUAUAUCUGAACCUGUGUUAGAUUAUCGGAGUAAUAUUUUUUUAGAAGGUUCGGAUAUCAGAGAAGUUUCAACAGAAUCCACACAAUGCUACAAAACGGAGUCAAAUUAUUUAAGAACAGAUGAAGUACCUGAUGGCUUUGAAGAUAUAUUUGAUUUCUCGCCAACACUUCCAGAUUUAGUUUCCUACUCCACAACCAGCUUUGGGAACUACUGCACCAAGGGGUGUUCCUGGUUUCCGUCGGGGAACAAGAUUCUGGUUCCAUGCGAGGACGCAAGGUUCAGGAUAUUUGAUGUUGAAGAUGGUGGAGAAGAUAUUGAUCCAUGUGGAUCUAUAAAAGAGACGGAGAUGAUUUACGAUUACUGUUGGGAGGGAGAAGGUUCAAGAUUCCUGAGUACAGGUCGGUAUCAACCAAUCCAUCUGUGGGAUCCGACACGCGAAGAACUGGUCGCAACCUAUAAAUGUUUCAACCACCUGGAUGAAAUAGCUCACUCAUUCUCCCUCUGCAUGAUACCGUCGGGAGGAAAGUUCUUGACAGGCCUGAAGAAUCAAGUUAGAACGUAUGAUUUAUCCCGACCUGGUCGGGAUUGUGAUAUUAACGUGACAGGAAAUAAGUCUGGAGAAGGACUAGUUGGGAUAAUCUCCAGUCUCAGUGUUAACUCCGAUAUGAACAUGUAUGCGGCGGGGAGUUACAGUAAAACUGUUGGAUUGUAUAGUUUAACCGGUUCUAGAAUAUGCUUACUAGCCGGACACAGGGGCGGAGUAACUCAGGUUUCCUUUAGUCCUGAUAACCGGAGACUAUACAGCGGAGCAAGGAAGGAUGAUGAAAUAUUAUGCUGGGAUAUCAGAAACCCAGGACAUUUACUUUACUCUCUCCAACGUGAGGUUUCAACCAAUCAAAAGAUAGGAUUUGAUUUCGCUGGAAAUCACAUCGUCUCCGGUGGGACUGAUGGAAGUGUGCGGAUAUGGGAUUCUCUAGGAGAAAUUGUAUCUGGAUACUUACUCCAUCCGGAUUCAGUUCCAGGACUAAGUGUUCAUCCGACCCUGCCUCUGAUAGCAACCAGCUCUGGACAGAGACACUCCGAUCCUAAAUUAACCUUCGACGAUGUUGACAUUGUCAUCGAAAAUUCCCUAAAAAUCUGGAAUUUUUCAAAGAAAAGACGUGGAAAACUGUGAUAAAUUUAUUAAUUAAAACUAUGAUAAAGAUCCUCAAUCUUCCUGUGAUUGGUUUCAGA